AUGUCAGAAUUACCACAUGGUAAAGCAGACCAAGAAGAACGUGAACAAGCUUCCACAUCAGAAUCGUCGAUUAAAGUAGCAUCAAAUGAAGUGUCUCAAGAAUCAACUGAAAUACCAGUAAGACCUCAGGAGCCUCACGAUAAUAGUAUUAGUCAGUCAUCAUCAUCUAAAGCAAAAAGAUCUAAAGUUAUAUGUUGUGGGCCUAGUCCAAAUGGAAUCACAGUAUUCGUUGAAUUAAUUUGUUUAACAAUUACCUUGAUAUGGAUUCAUAAAUAUAAUGAAAUAAUUUUACCCAUUGAAAGUGUAUUUAUACACAGCAUACCAUACAUUGUCACUUAUGUAAUAUCAUAUUCAAUUGCGGAUAUAUUAAAUGCCAUCUUUAAUUGGUUCAUUAGUAAGAAGAUAAAAGAUACUGAUCAAUAUCAUGAUUUGAUGGUGGCAGCUGCAAAUAGUCAAGUACUUGGAUUUUUUACAAUAAUUCAAAGAAUAAUGUUAAUUUGGAAAUAUCGUAUAAAUAAGUGUUUGGCUUUUAUUAUGAUUUUUGGUCUUAUUGCUGCCUUGACUCUAUUACUCAGUAAUAUUACAUUCGCAAUAAGCACUACCCCACAAAUUCCAGGCUUAAUGCCAAUCUAUAGCAAUAGUCUUAAUAUUGAUCCUUUAACACCGUGUGGUGUUGGAGAUGCAUCAUGCCCAGCUCUGUUACAAGAUAGAUUUAGGUUUAUGUGGCUUCAGGGUGCUUCAGAUGUACUACUAAAUGGAAUUACUAAACAAUUAUCUGUGAACUGGGGAGAUGAUCCGGGAGGUGAAAGGAAAGUAAUGGUGGCAGUAGUAGAUAACGAUACCAGUAUAAACUAUAAAUUUGUAAAAGAUAAUAAGAAAUCGGUUCCAGUUUUUAGUUUUUCUACUAUAUGUAAUAUUAGCACACCUCCAAAUUUUCCAGGUUUUCGCACACCAUAUCACAAUUUAACUAUGACAGACCGAAUAAACUUAACGUUGGCUGUAGAGAUGGAUUCAUGGCUAGAGAAUCGAUGGAUUGCGGAAGUAAUUAAUCUUCAGCAAGAUGACUUAAAUGAAACAACAAUUAUGACUGUUAAUCUUGUUAAAAUAUUAUCUCUUAACUCAAAAUGUGAAGGGAUUAGUAUUAAUACUGUAAAAUCUAAAUUGUGCUAUCCAGAAAUAGCCAAAAAUAUAACCUGUUAUAUGAAUACGCAUGUUGAGAACGUUGAAUCUGUAUCAGCCGGGUGUAAAGAUGACUGUCCUGUAAUUGGAUUUAGAUUUACUAAUUCAGCUAGAGUUAAUUAUUCAAGUCCAAAGCCUGUAUAUGGCGAUUAUAUGCAUAAAUCACUUGCUAUAUAUGGUGGCAAUAUAUUAAUACCUCAGUGUAUAGAUAAUCUAGUUGGGUGUGUGAAUUACAAUGAAAAUAACGUAAGUCAGGUGAAGGAUAGAUUUGUAGAAUUGAUGUAUGGAAUUACUGCUUCUGGAGUCAUGGCCAGACGAAGUUUGUUAUCAAAUAAUGGGACAAUAGUAAAUGUUCAAUCUGUAGUUAAAGGAAAAGCAGGUGUUAUAUUAAAAUUUGAAGAAGGUUAUUAUUAUACAGUUGUCGGACUUGUUGUACUAUGCAUUGUUGCAUAUG